AUGUGUUGCAAGGGUGGAAAGGUGACAAUUACACAGGUGUCUGCUCCUGACGAGUUGUUACAGUUAUUUUCAGACACUUCUACUGAAGGACGAUGUUUUAGACAGCAUAUUAGAAGUUACAACCACGUAAUGUCGUUUACUUCACUUGGUGUCCACGUCGACGAAAGUUUGGUUACAACUGGUCGUGGUAUUUACACAUUUCGUGCUCAAGGCACAAUUUAUCACAAAAUAGGAGGUUUUCAUCCGAAUCAAGGUUCAAGGCCACGCUACUUGCAACUAUACAUUUAUGAUACUGAUCAUGAGCUUCAAAAUAGGAUGAGGGAAAACCCAAUACUUAACAAAGCCAUAGUGUAUAAAUUGCAAAAAAUACUCCAUCAAUGCAACCCGUUUGUCAUCAUGUUUAGGCAGCUUGCACUAGAGCCAAAUGUUGAAGAAUAUAGGUUACUCAUUAAAGAACGUCCGUCAAAUCAACCACAAUAUAGUCUCCCUUCAGCUUCUUAA